GUUAAUGAAUGAAUGAAGGGACGAAAAAAAAAAGGGAUAAAAGAGGGAGGCACGUCAGAUAACGAUGAACAGAACGAGUUGCUACACCCACACAUGGCUGAAAGAUUACCUCCCCACUCUCCCACUUGACAUCUCUACUCCUUUCUUUCUUUCUUUCCCUCCAACAGCUUUGGACUACUACAUGUCUACAUUACAAAUGCAUGCAAAGGAAGAGAUGAACAAACAAAACGAAACAACAUGAGUUUGAUGACUUGAGUUCCAACAAGGAAUGAGUGUACAACUAGCUGCCUGCAGGCAUUUCUCUCUGUUUCUGUUUCUGGGCCUCUUCGCUUUCAAGGUUUUCCCGCUCUCUAUAAAAAAGAAGGAAAAAAAAAGCUUAGCUAGGUUGAUAUAGAGAAAGUUGGUUCCAUUGUUAUCUCGUUUUCAAGUGGGGAUCAAUCAAAAAGAUGAACACGAGAGUCCGCACUGCUCUUCAGGCUAUGAAAGCUCCUUUAAACCAUGUUACUAAUAAAGAGAAGAUGGAGACUCAAGGGAGCAUAACAGUUGGUGCCCAUAAACCUGCUGCUAACCGGCGUAAAGCAAACAGGGAAAGGAAAUUGGCCUUGCUACAAGAUGUUGAUAAGCUUAAAAAGAAGCUUAGACAUGAAGAGAAUGUUCAUAGAGCACUCGAGAGAGCUUUUACUAGGCCUUUGGGAGCUCUACCUCGCUUACCCCCUUAUCUGCCUCUAUAUGUGUUAGAGCUACUUGCUGAAGUAGCUGUAUUAGAAGAGGAAGUUGUUCGGCUUGAAGAGCAAGUAGUGAAUUUUAGACAAGGACUCUAUCAAGAAGCUGUCUGCAUCUCCUCCAAGAAGAAUGUGGAGAAUUCAAGUGAUGCCAUUGAUAACCAACCAUCAACUACUAGACCAAAACAUACACGAUCAAAAUCACUCUCUCUUAAUGACACCAACUCAGCAACUUUUGCAGCAAGGCCUCAACCUUCUCUAGCUAGAUGCGCUUCAAGUAGAAGGCUGUUUCCCUCUGACCCUAUUAUUGAGCGCUCGGGGCAGAGUUCUAAUAGACCAGCAAAUGGAGGAAACCAUGUUUCUGGUAAACCCAAUUCUCCUUCUUCUCUUGUGGAUGAUGAACAAGGAAAGGAGAAUCGAUCAUGUAUUGCUUCUGCAAAAGUUAAGCAAUCUCCGGGUAAGAAGCUGGCAAAAAUCAUGACUCCAGUGAAGAGAACACCAAACAAGCGGGAAUCAGUGGAGAAGAGCAUGGAGCCUUCUAAGUUACAGCUCGAAUAUCCGAAAAUAACAUCACGCCAAACAAGGUAACGGAGGAUAUAGUGAAGUGCUUGUCCAGCAUUUUCUUGAGGAUGAGCACAUUGAAUGACAAAGCUGUUGAACUCAAGAGCGGCUUUGUCAUCUCCUGUUGGUAUGGAGGGAAUGAAAUUCAGGAUCCCCAUGGCAUCUCUGCAGAGUUCAAGAUUAGAGAUAUUGGUCCUUAUAAGCAUCUUUAUACAAUUGAAGCUAGCUCAAUCGAUCUCAACCGUAAACAAAUGCCUUGUUUUUGCUCCAGAGAUUAAAAUAAGUUUGGGCGUCACUUCAUUAAAGUUCAAGCAGCUAUGGUUUGUAUUUUACUCAUGUGUUUUCAAUAAUGCUCAGGUUUCUACUAGGGAAGCAUGCCCCUGCAAAUUCAGAGGGUCUUACCCAUCAGCAAAAGCUUGCUUUCUGGAUAAACACUUAUAAUUCAUGCAUGAUGAAUACCUGUCCAAAAGCUGCAAAAAAUGAUGAGAUGAAAGCACACGGCAUUUUCGGAUUCGAGUGGUCUGAGCCUUUGGUUACAUUUUCACCCUGUUAUGGAAGCUGGUCAUCCCCUGCUAAAUGCAGGUAAGAGUUUACACAGCCUCUCAAGUUGAAGAAGAGCUAGAAGCAGCAAAGCGAGACUAUUUACAGGCAACAGUUGGAAUAUCAAGGACAAACAAGUUAAUAAUUCCUAAACUGUUGGAUUGGUAUCUACCAGAUUUUGUAAAGGACAUGAAAUCUUUGCUUGAUUGGGUAUGUCUGCAGCUACCCAAUGAACUGAGGAACGAAGCAGUUAAAUGCCUUGAGAGAAGGGGAAGAGAUCCGCUCUCGCAGUUAGUACAAGUAAUGCCAUAUGAUUUUAGUUUCAGGCUGCUUUUACAUGGAUAAAACAUUCUCCCUUUUGAUAUCUGAUCCUGCCUAAAUCUGCUAUCAACAUUUGAAUGCUGGGAUUCAGUACAUGGAUCAUGUAGACAUAUGUUAACAACAAGGGGCUUGAACAACAUGGGUGGUGGAGACACCAGAUCCACACCACAAACCACACGAGUAUAUGAACGGAGACGACGUAGGAUGACCCAGCCUGUCAUGCUUUGGUUGGGAAACUAAGCCUAUUUAGGCUUGUCUCAUUGUUAUUUUAUUUAGCCUAUUUGGGUCUGUCUCAUUGUUAUUUUAUUUAUUUGAAAUUAUUUAUGUUAAACAGUUUGAUUUGAUGGGCCGAGUCGAAUAGCGAGAUGUUUUAGGGUUUACUAUUUAUAUGUUCCUCUGUCAUUUUGUGAGAUAGUUUUGAUGAUUAAUAAAAAUAUUGCAUACUUUGCAUA